AUGAUAUGUUUACAUGAAUCAACAACAUCAGACGAUGACCUUUCAUGGCAUAGAAAGUGCUUAGAAUUAAAAUAUUCUAAACAUCUAAUCGAUGACGCCAUCGAACAGGGUUCAAAACAAAAGUGUAAGAAGUGUGGUUUAGCUGGUGUAAAGGAUAAUGCUUGUACUCAUAUGGUAUGUGAGGUGUGUGCUGAACUAUGGUGUUACAUUUGUGGUCAGAGCGAAGAAGAUUGUGACGGAGAUGAGGGGACACUUAGUUCACAUAAUAUUGAUUGGCAAACAAAUUCUAAGCGCUGUCCAAUGUAUUUUAAUAAUAUACAUGAAGUUGAUAAUCGUUGGCCAGAUGAUGACUCUGAUUGUUUAGAGUAUUUUCAUCGAUAUCGUACACUUUCUUUAUUACACAAUGUCUAUGAACAACUGGGUGAAUAUGCAAUUGAAGAAUUGAAUGAACAUUUUCAUUCGAUUGAUUCAUGUGGUUAUUCAAUGAGUGAAAUAAAAGAAUUUGAAAACUCAGUAUUAAUUGAUUAUGAAAAUCAGCAUUUGAAACCAAAUGACGAUAACUAUUAA